AUGGCCAGUUCUCAGGGACUGCUGACAUUCAGGGAUGUGGUCAUAGGAUUCUCUCAGGAGGAGUGGAGAAUCCUAAACCACAGUCAGCGGCAACUGUACAGAGAUGUGAUGUUAGAGAACUAUGGACACCUCCUCUUCUUGGAUCUUGUUUUGUCAAAGCCAGACCUGGUCUUCUUUUUGGAACAAAAGAAGGAGCUGUGGCGUGUUAAGAGAAAGGAGACAGUAGCCUCAUACCCAGGUAGGUGGGAAUGA